AAUGACAAGAAUUCCAUACUUAAGAGAUAUGUUCAAUCGUUCACGGACAGUAAAGAUUUUCGAGUUUGACAGUUUCAAAUACAACCUUCACUAUCCAACAACUGGUAUAUAGAUUAGAACGUUGGUUUUCCAGUUGGAUUGAUUUUAUAUUUGUAUUUUUGGGGGACCGUUACAGCUUGCUGUUCGGUUUGAGUGAAGGACCCGUGCUGAAGACCGUAUUUUGAUAUAUAAUGGUUUACUUUAUAAAAAAAAUUGCGACUUGGAUGGAGAGUUGAUUUAUUUGCAGUCCUACCAUAUUUUGUUAUAUAUAUAUGUAACACGCCCAAACGUGUCCUUCACCCCAAACGUGUCCGAUUCCCCCAAACGUGUCUUCUCUCCCUAACCGUGUCCGAAAUGUACAAUAUUCCCCAAACGUGUCCGAAUUCAUAACCCCCAAACGUGUCCGAUAAAUGUUAUUCGCCAAAACGUGUCCAAUAUUUAACGCCAGAACGUCUCAUGUCUUUUAGCGUAUUAAAAUACAUGUAUCUCCUAAAUAAAAUCGCUGAUAAUGUUUACGGCAAUUUUAUAAUAGGGACACGGGUGACAAAGUUUUCAUUUAUUAGCUUUAGUUGAUUAAAUGUAGGUUUUUAAUGAAUAUCAUAAUUCAAAAUUUAAUCUGUAAUUGUUAAUUAAUAUUUGACUGAAAUUGCUUAUUGUUCAGUUGCAAGUAUUUCAAACUCAUUUUGGGCGAUCCUGCACCUUAUUAAAGAGUUGAAUUAAUUGAUGACUUUGUAAAUUAUUUUGUACUUAUAAACUCCGAUGAUGCUUUUUAAUAUUUAUCCGAAUAUUGCCUGGCGGGCGAUAAGUAGCAUUUUUUAAAAACUUUUUUUAAUAGAUCUUCAUCUGAAUUUGUGUUUAUUUCAAAAAUUCAUCAAAUCAUAAACUGGUUAUCCGUUUUUUUUAUAUAUAUAAAUUUUAGGUUUCCAGCAUCACUAAAGACACACGAUCAAGAGCCAUAACGUCCAGUGCCAAAUAGGUCAUUCAUUGGUUUUAUAGAUUCUUUUUAUUUAUAUAAAUGUUAUGUGAUCAACACCGGUAAUUAGUGGUUACCGUAAUUGCAAAUUUAAUUUGUACUGUAUAAAUUCACUUUUUAGACUGCUGAUAGCGUAUUGUCAAGUUGCAAGUACUCUAUGCAUAUUUAGAGCGAAAUAGUUUUACAUUUGCUGUAUAAAUUAACUUUAGACUGAUAACGUAUUUCCAGUUGCAAGUAUUUCAUGCAUAUUUAGAGAACAUACAUGUUUUAAUGAUUUUACUGUUCUAUACUGUUUAAAUUGUCUUUAAACUGAUGAUUGCGUAUUGUCAAGUUGCAAGUAUUUCAUGCAUAUUUAGAGAGAACAUAGGUUACAAGUUUUUAUUUUUUUUUUACAUUUGUACUGUAUCAAUUUACUUUAGACUGUUGAUCGUCCAGUUGCCGGUGUUUCACAAUAUUUAGAGAGAACAUACAAAUUUUAAUGUGCAGAGAAAGGGACACAUUCAUCCGUUAACUGUACAAUUUAAGUAAACAUGUUUGCAUACAAUUUACAUUCGACGUAGCCGAAAUGACGCCCCCACUUUUACCCAGUUUUCUCGGCUGGUUUAAAAAAAUACCUUAUCUAUAUUUUUAAUGAAAUGGUAAAAUUAGUAUACAUUAAUGGAAUAGCAAUAACCAAAUAACGCUUGAUAUGGACACAUUUUUAGGAUUGGACACGUUUGGGGGUUCGUUGAGAAAUGGACACGUUUGGGCGUUUAUACAAAUCACACGCUUUGGCGAUGUUAUUAACUAGACAUGUUUUACAAUUCAGUGACGUCAUUGUGGACACGUUUGGGGGGAAGGACACGUUUCUGAGUGUUACAAAAAAAAUUGCGACUUUGAUGGAGAGUUGAUUUAUUUGCAGUCAUACCAUAUUUUGUUAUAUAAUAUAUAAAGGUCGUAAAGAUACUAUGCGGAUAAAUCUAUCGGGUUUCAAGAGCUAAAUUGACAGCGCGUCAUCACCACAAUGUCUUCCAUUCUUACAAUAAUAAAAAAUAUUUAACGUAAUUGGGAGAUUAUAUUGACAGUAAAAUUAACGGUACCAAUUUUCUUGAACCAGAUGCGCAUUUCGACAAUACAUGUCUCUUCAGUGAUGCUCGUGGCCAAAAUAUUUGCAAUCCAAAGCUUAUCUAAAAGAUGAAGAGCUAUAAUCCAAAAGGUUCAAAAAGUAUAGCCAAAUCCGUGAAAGGAAUCAGAGCUUUGCAUGAGGGAGAUACAUUCCUUAAGUUGACAAAGUAGAAUCAUGUCUGGUCAGUUAAAAUGUAAUAAUAGUUAUCAAAGGUACCAGGAUUAAAUUUUAGUACACCAGACGCGCGUUUCGUCUACAUACAACUCAUCAGUAAAGCUCAUAUCAAAAUAUUUAAAAAGCCAAACAAGUACAAAGUUGAAGAGCAUUGAGGAUCCAACAUUCCAAUAAAGUUGUGCCAAAUACGGCUAAGGUAAUCUAUUCCUGAGAUAGGAAAAUCCUUAGUUUUUCGAUAAAUUCAAAGUUUUGUAUACAGGAAAUUUCUAAAAAUGACCACAUAAAUGAUAUUCAUGUCAACACCGAAGUGCUGACUACUGGGCUGGUGAUUCCAGCGGGGACGAAACUUCCACCAGCAGUGGCAUCGAACCAGUGGUGUAAAAAGUUAUCAAAGGUACCAGGAUUAUAAUUUAGUAUGCCAGACGCGCGUUUCGUCUACAUAAGACUCAUCAGGGACGCACAUAUCAAAAUAGUUAAAAAGCCAAACAAGUACAAAGUUGAAGAGCAUUGAGGAUCCAACAUUCCAAAAAAGUUGUGCCAAAUACGGCUAAGGUAAUCUAUUCCUGGGAUAAGAAAAUCCUUAGUUUAUCGAUAAAUUCAAAGUUUUGUAUACAGGAAAUUUCUAAAAAUGACCACAUAAUUGAUAUUCAUGUCAACACCGAAGGGCUGACUACUGGGCAGGUGAUACCCGCGGGGACGAAACGUCCACCAGCAGUGGCAUCGACCAAGUGGUGUAAAUAGUUAUCAAAGGUACCAGGAUUAUAAUUUGGUACGCCAGACGCGCGUUUCGUUUACAUAAGACUCAUCAGUGACGCUCAUAUCAAAAUAGUUAAAAAGCCAAACAUGUACAAAAUUGAAGAGCUUUGAGGAUCCAAUAUUCACAAAAAGUUGUGCCAAAUACGGCUAAGGUAAUCUAUUCCUGGGAUAAGAAAAUCCUUAGUUUUUAAGACAAUUCAUUGAUUAAAAAUAAACAAUGAAUAUGUUGUUACAAGCAAAUAUAACUUAAUUUCACCUAAAAAGCUUAAUUCGUAUUUUUUUUGUAGAUCGCAACAAAGCAGUCAUAUCGAUAAUGACAUUGUUAUUAGCAUACUUGUCUGUGUGUAUAGUUGUUCUUAUAAUUAAGCGGUUAGGAAUCCAAUGUUGUAGAAAAAUCCAGACACGACUUACAAAAAACCUGAAAGUAACAAACAGGAAUGAACAUUUAACUGCAAUCAAAGAUGGAACAGAGAUAAGACGUUACGUUAGAAUUCAAGUUAUUGGUAAAGAUGGAGUUGGCAAGUCAAGUCUUGUACGUAGAUUAGUUGGAGAUUCUAAUAUGAAAGUAAACAGCACGGAUGGAAUCGAUAUUGUUAAAAAGUGCCAAAUAAGAACAACUGAUGGUAAAUGGGUCAUUGGUAGAGUUGAAACAGAGAGGAAGAAAAUAAUAAACCGGAUACUGGAGACUCUACACAAAGAACAAAAACAAAGUGCACUAGCUUCUUUCGUCCAAGAAAGUCUAGCUGAAAAUGAGAACAACGUUAAAGAAAGAAUUUCGUCUAAAGGACCGCUGUCUGAAAUGGAAAGGAAACUAGAGAACCACCCUCCAACUGUUUCAAUCGACAAAUCAUUGAAAAAUGAAAACACAAUUAACAUAAUGGAGACUGCCACCUCAAUUGCAGACAAAUCUAAUAUUGACAAACCUUUAAAAGAUAGUGUUAUCCCGUCUACUACUGAUUUUCAAAACUCCAAAGAUUCAAUACAAAUUGACGAUAUGAGGGAAAAGAUUUUGGAACAAAUGGAUCAAAUUCUUGAUAAAGUUCAGAAAGAUCAAGACAAAAUGGCAUCUGAGAGUUUAGUAGAAUGUGGUAUCUGGGAUUUUGCAGGUCAGAAAGACUAUUAUGCCACACAUCAAACUUUUUUGAAUCCACAUGCUAUCUAUCUUCUUGUUACAAAUAUAUCUGACGACAUAUCAGCUACAGACGAUGAUACAAACUUUGAUUCAAUUGAAGAAUACAUUGACUUUUGGUUCGACAGUAUUCACUGUUUACGUACUAGUUCUCUGGGACCUGGUUUAUAUCCACCCGUCAUUGUAGUGUGCACCCAUAUUGACGAGUAUAAAACAGAACAAGAGAUUGAAGAUAGAAAAAAAGAAUAUAUCAAAAAGUUUAAAGAUUGUUUUGGAGAUCAAGAUAAAGCUAAUCACAAUAGAGGCAUCUACUUUAUUUCUAACACAGAAUUUCUUAAAAGCGACUUUAACGAAUUGAAAAACAAAAUUUCUGAUGUUGCCAAAAAUAUGAUGUAUUUUGCCGAGGAACUGCCUAUGAAUUGGAUUCGACUUGAACAUGCGUUAAGUGUGCUGAAAGACGACUCGAAACAGAAUAUAUUGUCAUGGCAGACUUUUGUAGAAUUAGCCCAAAUGCUUUCUAUUAAAGAAAAAGAACUUCUUCCUUUCCUAACUUACCAGCAUAAAAUUGGGAACAUUAUUUUUUUCACUGACAUGAAGGAAUAUAUCAUUUUACGGCCAGAUUGGUUAGUAAAGUGUUUCAGGUGCCUAGUAUGCGAUAAUCAUCCACACAAAAGAAAUAUUGAAAUAGUUCAGUUAACUGAUUGGCACAAUCUGGAAAAGACAGGACAAUUAUCAGAUAAUAUUAUCGAUAGGCUUUUUGAAAAAGAACCAGACUUAGAGUUUGUAAAAUAUAAAACUCACAUACUUCGUGUAAUGGAAAAAUUUGAUAUUAUAGUUAAACCCCAGUUAACAGCCACCAACAACGAUUCCGGUCUGGUACAAAAUUUAUACUAUAUGCCAUGCAUCAUUACAACGCAGUCGACUUCUCUCGAUAUUAUUCAGAAAAGUUUCGGAAGUGAAAGAAGUACUUUUAAUUCUUCACCAUGGUUGAUACUUGAAUUCAAAUUUCUCCCCCUUGCUUAUUUCAAUCAUAUUCUAUUCUAUUAUAUUACAAGAUAUACAGUUUGUGAAGAGAAAGAGGGGCGAAAAACUUUAUAUAGAGGAAAGGCAUUGGUCAAUUUAGAUAAAACCGGAAUCAGAAAGUUGUAUAUCUGUUUCUCAAAGAAUGUUAUAGCCUUACAAAUAUGGCGAUUAGCUGUUGUCGAGUAUAGCCGAUAUGACACUAUUUUAGAAGAGCUUUGUAGAAAAAUUGUAACGUUAAAGAAAAAAUUAAGCCAGAACAUAUCUUACGAUAUAAAAGCGAAAUGCGGAAAUGGGGAUUACUCUAACAAACAAGGCAGAAUCACUUAUAAAGAACUUGGUGAAAUAUGCGAACAAGGACGCUACUGGUGUCCUGAACAUAAUGAAAUGCAUAAAAAAGACGACGUAGAGAAAACUUGGUUACAGCAUGUUGACAUGGUAAUUGCAAAAUUAAAUAAAGAGCAGGCUGAAAAUAAUCCACGGAAUAUUGUUGAAAAUAAAACAAGCAAAGAAGAACCAUUCACCCAUGAUCAAGCAUCUAUUAAAAACAACAUUCAUGUUUCUGUAAAGUUGCGUCAACAGUUAAAUAUAAAGAAGUCAAAGAAUGAAAGGCCAAAGAUUAGUAGCUUUAUCAAAACAGGCAAUACAUUAGUGUUAACCGACUAUAAAAAUUACCGACUUAUUAUUGGUAAUUCAGACGGUACAGAUAUCCAUCACAUUCCUCUGUCCUAUAAACCACAGUGUAUAACAGAGAUAGAUAGAAACACUGUAGCAGUAUCCUGUAUAGGAGUCAGUAGCAUACAUAUAAUAAAUAUAUCUACACGUUCUAUCGUCCGUACAAUCAAAACCAGUGGUUACUGCGGCGGAAUAUCAUAUAAUAAUAAUAACCUGUACGUUGUUAUUGAUGGGAGUAUUAUAGAUGUGAUGGAUCGGACAGGUAAAGUAAUACGUACUAUACCGGUACCUUCAGACAGUAUCGACAUUACAGUAGACAGAGACAGGUUGGUCUAUAUAGACUAUGCAUCAAUAUACUGCUGCUCGUUAGAUGGAAAGUUAAUUUGGCAGUUUCAAAAGUAUGAAUUUCUAGACUUAACUUGUGUUACAACAGAUAACGAGAGCAACGUCUAUGUGACUAAUGCGAGUACACACACUGUAAUAGUUGUAUCAGAUGAUGGGAAACAUCAUAGAGAAAUUCUUACUGAAUUAGAUGGAUUGAUAUGGCCGAAAGUAAUUUAUUUUGACAAAAAAGAAAAUAUUCUGCUUGUUUGUAAUGAUUGUGAUACUUUUCUUUUUGACGUCAAACAACAAUAGAAAUAAACAUGACUAAAUCUGUCAGACAAUGAGUUUAUAUGGACUACGAUCUUUUUGUGUAUUUCGUCAUCAAAAAAGAAACUUCUGUUUA